UAAUCGCGCUGGACAGCGGCCAGCUUCACUCGUAGUCUCAGCAAGUCAGAGCUCUGCGCACGAGAGCAACAACCUCAUUCCUGGAUAUAAGGCGCGAGGGACAGUGCGCGAGCGCAGCGCGCGGAGUGAAUUCGUCCUUCGUUCGCUGAGAGCAGAAGCGCGUGAGGCUGCCUGGGGAGAAGAGCGCGCGAGUGGUUUUCAAACUGUCGGGGGGGAAAUGAACCGUUAACGGCCGUUGAAAAUGAAGAGGCUUUCUCGAAAGCUGACUUUAGCUCUUGCGGCGGUGUUUUGGAUUGCCGCGUUCCUCUAUUUCAUAUUGCUGAAUAGUCGGAAAAUACUACCUGACCAAAGAAGCGAACAACCGCAAGUAAAAGAGAUCUCAGAAGCCGAGUGGGAUGACCUGUUGGAGGAAUUUGAAGAGAAAAGCUACCUCAAUGCUCACAAAUGGAGGCCAGGCCAAGACCCCUACAGCCUUUAUGCCUUCAAUCAAAGAGAGAGCGAGAGGAUACCCAGCAACAGAGCACUUAGAGACACGCGACAUUACAGGUGUACAACACUGCACUAUGACCCCGACCUGCCACCCACCACCAUAGUGAUCACGCUCCACAACGAGGCACGAUCCAGCCUACUGCGCACAGUAAGGAGUGUGUUGAAUCGGACCCCUGUUCAUCUGAUUCAUGAGAUCAUUCUGGUGGACGACUUCAGCGAAGAUCCAAAUGACUGCCUUCUUCUCACCAAGUUGCCCAAAGUAAAGUGUCUUCGCAAUAAUCGUAGAGAAGGACUGAUCCGGUCCAGAGUUCGAGGGGCAGACGCUGCUGGAGCUGGGAUCCUGACUUUUUUGGACAGUCACUGUGAAGUAAACAAAGACUGGCUGCCUCCAUUGCUGCAGAGGGUGAAAGAGGACCCAACCUGUGUCGCUAGCCCUGUGAUUGACAUCAUUAAUAUGGACACGUUUGCCUAUGUUGCAGCUUCCUCAGACUUGCGAGGAGGCUUCGACUGGAGCCUACAUUUUAAAUGGGAGCAACUAUCAGCUGAAAAACGAGCCAGGAGAGCUGACCCUACGGAGCCCAUUAAAACGCCCAUCAUUGCAGGAGGACUUUUUGUGAUUGACAGAUCGUGGUUCAAUCACUUGGGAAAAUAUGACACAGCCAUGGACAUCUGGGGUGGAGAGAACUUUGAAAUCUCUUUCAGAGUAUGGAUGUGUGGAGGAAGUCUGGAAAUAAUUCCCUGUAGCAGGGUCGGCCAUGUCUUCCGCAAGAAACAUCCUUACAUCUUCCCAGAGGGCAAUGCCAACACCUACAUAAAGAACACCAGAAGGACAGCCGAAGUUUGGAUGGAUGAGUUCAAACUGUUCUACUACUCAGCUCGACCGGCCGCGAGGGGGAAAUCUUACGGAGACAUUCACAGCAGGCAGGAGCUCCGCAAGAGUCUCAAGUGCAAAUCCUUCAAAUGGUAUCUGGACAACGUCUAUCCAGAGCUCAAAGUCCCUGAUGAUUCAGAUGCCAAGUCUGGCAUUGUCCGACAGAGACAGAACUGUCUAGAGUCUCGUAUAGUUGAGGGGCAGGAUCUCCCAGUGCUCACACUCGCACCCUGCAUCGGCACUAAAGACGCACCAGCAGCCAACCAGGAAUGGAUCUACACCCACGGACAGCAAAUCCGCCAGCAGCAACACUGUCUGUCCGUCUCUACCACUUUCCCUGCCUCUCAGAUCCUGCUCGUACCCUGCAACAUCAGCGACGGCAAGCAGCGUUGGCAGAAAUCUGGCACUCACCUGGAGCACCUGGCGUCUCGUUUCUGCGUGGACAGUGAGAUGGCUCUGGAUGGCAUUGAGAGCAGUAAAAUGCUAGUGAUCAGCCCAUGUGAACUGUCAGCCCAUACUCAGAGAUGGGAGAUGCCUUUCUCAUGAUCCUUCUUUCCUGGCCUCUCUUCACCUGUCAAAGCCUAGUUGAUGUCAAAGAUAAAUAGAGAAGCAGAGAGAGACAGACAGACAGAGACAGAGAGAGAAAGACAGACAGACAGAGAGAGAGAGAGAGAGAGAGAGAGAGAGAGGGACAGACAGAGAGAGAGAGAUAGAGAGAGAGAGAGAGAUCAGUGUGUAUCUCCAGGAGGGGCUACAUCUGUGUCCUGCUGUUCUGCUUUGUCCACUCCCUUUGUCUCUUCAGCACACCCCAGGUAUGCUGGCACAUCAGAAUAUGAAUGGAACUUAUUACCACUGAUAUAGUAACAUUAUUGUGUUACUCCUAAUAAAAAUGUACUAGGCUUGGAAUUGAAGGUGUUUUCACGUAUAGAUAAUCAGAAGAUUUUCCAGAUGAUUAUCGAUAUAUACAGUAUCUGGAUUUUUUCAGAUAUAAAUAGGGCUGCUCGUUGCACAAUAGUCUUUGUCUCUCAAAGAUAUUAAUCAGGGUUAAUUAAAGUGGGCUGCACACUGGACAUGUCUGGUAGAAGACAUGGCGUGUUCUAAAAUUCGAAAAAAUUAUUUUCUAUAAAAGGUACGUAUGCACACACCGCAGGCUCGCCAUAUCCAGAGGCUGUUAAAACAUUUCUGCAGCACCACGGAGCUCAACUCUCAAAAUAGUUUUCCAUUCAAUUAGAUCUAAAUCAAUAUUAAAGGACAUAGAUAAUUUACUCCAUUUAUUACUGGAUGAUAUAUUAUGUAUAAGUAUCUUUCAUAGAACCACACAAUGUAUAUUCAGUUACAAGUAUGUCGUUUUGUGGUUUGACAGCUUGAAUGAAAGACCUAUUCAGUGCUACAUACAGGGAAAUUUCAUAAUGUCGCCAUUUCUAAUCGUUCAGUUUGCACUGUUACACCAGUUUCAUACACGAACCUGCAAACUCAUCAACAUCACUUUGUUAAUUCUUGAAGUACCAAAACCAUCCUAACUUUGGAUUGCCAUCAGCUCGUAAUGUGUGUGUGAUAUUUGUGCCUUAUUCAUGCCUGUGUGCUUUCAAUUGGCAGUAAAUUGGCUUCUAAUUUAAAUGUCGGCUGAUGUUAAUAUAAAAAUGUAUCGAUAAAAUAAUGUGCUGAACAAUAAUCGAUAUAACAAUAUUUUAUGGCAUCCCUAAAAGUUACUUUUAUGUUACUUUCUCUCACUGUCAGUUGGCAAUGUAGACACACACAAUUGUAAAAACAUACAUGAUUGUUAUGAGGAAGUUACGGUGAAUACGGCAGUACGUUGUGCUUGCGUCAAGCAUUUGUAACACACCGCUCAAAGUUCAAACAAUUUCAACUUUGACCUUGUUGCUGCUGACCUUUCGAAACGUGAACCAAUGAUUACCGGACCAUUCAGAUGAUGUAACAUUAAGCUGGCAGUGCCGAUGCUAAAAUGCAAACAAGACGUUCUCUGCAGCACUUUUCAUGUAUUUUCAUAAAGCAGCGUGUUCAAGAGAACAAAAUUGUCACUUCCGGGGAAAUUAGUACAGAAUAAAGUUGUCUGGGAACAAAAGCAUGUCAGGCAGUUCUGGGAGGUAAUUUAAGCCAUAAUUUUGAUGACAAGCUUUGACUCAGAAUGACCAGAACAACAUUUGAGAUACUAUGCGAUGACAUUUGUUUUCUGGUCAGUCCAUUUAUGAGUGAAUUCAGUCACAUGACUAUUUUAAUGCUUAUAAUAAAUCGGUAAAUAUGUUUCCAUCUUAGUUUAUGUUCAUGUCUUGAAUAAAAAAAAAAAUUGUACACCUUAAGCAAACGUGUACAUUUAUACACAUUUGAGAUUUUAUUUGCAUAUUGGAGUUUCCAUCCAGCAUUUAUGAGAUAUUCCAAAAUUCACAUAAAAAUACAUAGAUGGAAACCCAGAUAACAAUGCAAUUUUUUUUCAUUUAUAAAUGAACUGAUUUCUUCCUACCACUAUGUCAGAUGACAAUUUUAUCAUGAUCAUCCGCUGAAUUGCACAUACAGCAUUACAGAUUUUUAAAACAGCAAAGUAUUUAUGCUGCCUUAAAAAAUGGAGGAAUCUCAAUAGAUAGGAUGUUAUGCAAACAUUAAAUUCACAUUUGCCCUGAAGCCUUCGGAUACUGUCUGAUAAGACAUCAUUUUAAUUAUUUGUAUCCAGUAUAACUUAAGCAGUCUCCCUGUAUAUAUGUGCUUUGGCAGGCUGUAACCUCUGCUGAUUCUCUCCUCUGUCUCUCUACCAAGGAUCCCCAGAGUGUCAAUCACACCAAUGCUCUCCAGAACAGAGUUUGGCAGCUGGACCCACACAAACAUGCGGGACACACAAACACACACACAGAGUGAGAUACACACUCAUACUGGAGAACUACGCACAAUCUUUAUUUCUUUGUAGCUUGAAUUUGCCCCAAUGCAAAUGCAUUUGUGUGUUACAUCAGCUUGCACAUUAUAAAUUCAAUAAAUGCCCUAUUUUUUCUUAA